AUGCCCAGUGAAGUGUUGGCUCCUUGCCUGGAUAAGGCACCGAAAAAAUACGAUGAUUACAUGACCGAGCUGGACGAUUUUUUCAAGGACCUGGCAGCCAAAUAUCUCCGAGAAGACGAUAACAUACGGGAGCAAUCGCUGCGACAGUUUCGCGAUUGGAUAGCCAAGCAUCCGCACAUCAAAAAAGUUCGUACAGAUGCUCCAUUUUUGCUGCGUUUCCUGAGGACCAAAAAAUAUAAUUUCAUCAAUUCGUCCAAGAUGCUGGAACGUUUUCUUGCGGCUAGAGUUCUACACAAGAAAUGGUUCAGUCGAUUGGAUGUUGAUGAACCUGAACUGGGUGCGUUGAUAGAUGCGGGAUAUUUAUUUCCCCUGCCGGAACGGGAUAGUAAAGGCCGCACAUUGAUUUUCAGUGAAUCGUCCGGUGUAGAUCCUAAUAAGUUUACCGGUGCACACGCCUGCAGAAUUCACAUGCUGAUGGCCGAGGUGUUACAUGACGUAAACGAAGUUCAAUGUGCUGGUUUUGUGCUGAUCUACGACUUCUCCAAAAUAACCCUUGCCCACAUGAAUAUCGUUUCGUUUAACGAAAUCCGUAUGCUGACCAGAGUGUUAAACAAUGCGACCCCGAUGCGUACCCAAGAAGUACACUUUGUUAACACACCUCCGGCGGCUCUAACCGUGGCUAAUUUCGCCCUGCAGCUGGCGAAUGAAAAAUUGCGGAACCGCGUCUUCUGUCAUCGCAAUUGGGAGGAGUUGUACACCAAGGUGGAUAAGAAUCUGCUACCUAAAGAAUACGGUGGAAAAAUUCCUCAAGCCGAACUGAUUGAUAAUUUCAAACAAUUGUGCCGAGAGCUGCGCCCAAAGCUGUUGGCACAUGACGAAAUGCAUAUGGACGUCGCCGAAGGAUCCGAAUACUGGAAGGAAUCUUCCUCUGCUACCUCAGAGCUGGACAGCGGAACCAUUGGAACGUUCCGAAGGCUGCAGGUGGAUUAA